CAAAAUGGAAGCUUGUAACGACGUCCAGCUGACUUUCUUGAGCAUCGUACCACUUCUGAGUCCCAGUUCGUUUCUUGAGGAACAUGCACCAGCACUUCCGGAGCAUAACUCGUCACUGUCAGGCUGAUAGUCGUUUUAGUUUGUUGUCGACCCUUGUAGACAGUCGUUUUCGUACAAAGCUAGAGAAUAACGCUACUGCUGAUGGUCCUUGAGCCAUGGAGGGUCCGUCCUCUAGUCUACUUGCCACUGCAGACGGACCUCUGCUCCUCGCAUUCAGGAGAGAUCUAGGCGGGGAUGGAGAGUCCGAUCCUGCCCAGGACAUAAAGACACACUUUCGUGUCUGUCGAUUCGUUAUGGAGACAGGGGUGAAGCUGGGUAUGCGCUCAGUGCCCGUGGCCACAGCAUGUGUGUUGUAUCACCGUUUCUUUGAACGUGUCAGCAUACGUGCGUAUGAACCCUACUUGGUGGCCAUGAGCUGUGUGUACCUGGCUGGCAAAGUGGAGGAGCAGCACAUCAGGACCCGUGACAUAAUCAACGUAAGCCAUAGGUAUUUCAACAGUGGCAGUGCUCCUCUAGAGUGCGACAAGGAGUUCUGGGACUUGAGGGACAGUGUGGUGCAGUGUGAGCUCCUUAUUCUCCGGCAGCUCAACUUUCAUGUCUCCUUUGAACACCCUCACAAGUAUUUACUCCACUAUCUGCUAUCUGUGAAGUCGCUUGUGAACCGCCACGCUUGGUCUCGAACCCCCAUCGCUGAGACUUCCUGGGCAUUACUUCGAGAUUGUUACCAUGGAGCCAUGUGCAUCCGCCACAUACCCCAGCACAUUGCCAUAGCAACACUGUAUCUGGCUCUAAACAGCUAUGGAGUAGAGCUGCCAGUUGGGCAGAAAGAGUGGUGGCAGGUGCUGUGUGAGGAUGUGACCAAAGCAGACAUCGAUGCUGUGAUCUCCGACCUUCUUCAUCUUUAUGACAUGGAGGCUAAGUGUAUCUGAAGGACACACCUACAAGGCCCCCACACACAAUGGAGAUGCGUGUGUGAGACAAACACUUUGUAUUGCCCCAGAUGGUCUCUGAGCUGUGACAAAAACAUACCUGCACUACCAAUUCCUGCCACCCUGGGGAGACAUUUCCUGCUUUCUGGUCUCUGAUCUCUCAGGUCUGUGGAAUACUGAUGUGCUCUGGAUUAUGUUAUCAGCUGCACCAAAAACAUCCCCGUCCUGAGCACCAGACAUCUCUUCACACACCAUACAUGAUGUUUUAACAAGGGAUACCCCUGUAUUGAUUUAAUGGGGAAAUCUAAAGUAAAGUAAGGCACCUUGUUUGAUAAUUUACGUUUUUCCAACAAAUCCAUAAGAAUUAAUGGGAAUGGUGACCACAGUUAGAUACUCGUUAUUAAAUUACACAUUCAUAACACAUUUCUGCGUUAGUAUGAUAAUAUUAAUGAAUGGGUAGUUGAGGUUAACUCUGUAUUGUUUCGUUUGAAUCCAGGGAGAAUCUGUAUGCAGUUUCUGUACAUAUUUACAUAUGGGCAACAUUUCCUUAAAUUUCAACUCCUUUUGGCAUCGGGUAUUAUUGUGUGAAAACAAUAUUCACAUGUGAAUGUAUUAAUUGGAUUAACCAUAAGUGUUGAUAUGUCAUGGUGGUUAUAGUGGCAGCUGAAGUGGCUCUUGAUUUAUUUUAAGUUUUGUUUUUCUGUCCUGCCAUUGCCAGAGCUAUUUCUAUGAAUUAGUAAAAAUAAAGUUGCUGUUAAAAUGA